CCCGUGGCCGAUCGAUACGGUCAUUUCUAUAAAUUCCACUUCCAGUUGAUCAUCUCUCUCUCUCUAUAUCUUCCAGUUAAUCCGAUUCCGGCGAAGAGGCGGCGACCAGUCCAGGAGGAAGGUAUUAAUUUAUAAAUAUCACAAUGGCUCCAGCAGCUUCCGUAGCAUCUUCAGACUCGAUCAAGCCGAGAGAUGUUUGCAUUGUUGGUGUUGCAAGGACGCCUAUGGGUGGCUUCCUCGGUUCCCUAUCAUCCUUAUCAGCCACCAAGCUUGGGUCUGUUGCUAUUCAAAGUGCUUUGGAAAGGGCUAAUGUUGACCCAUCACUUGUGCAAGAAGUUUUCUUUGGGAAUGUCCUCAGUGCAAAUCUGGGACAAGCUCCCGCCAGGCAAGCAGCAUUAGGAGCAAAAAUUCCUAACACAGUGGUCUGUACUACCAUUAACAAAGUCUGUGCAUCUGGCAUGAAAGCAACUAUGCUUGCAGCACAAAGUAUUCAGUUGGGCAUAAAUGAUGUUGUUGUGUCUGGUGGCAUGGAAAGCAUGUCUAACUGUCCAAAAUACUUGGCAGACGCUAGGAAAGGAUCUCGGUUUGGGCAUGAUACCCUAGUUGAUGGAAUGAUGAAGGAUGGAUUGUGGGAUGUUUAUAAUGAUUAUGGUAUGGGAGUUUGUGCGGAACUAUGUGCUGAUAAUCAUGGAAUAUCAAGAGAAGAUCAGGAUAAUUAUGCUAUUCAGAGCUUUGAGCGGGGUAUUGCUGCGCAAGAGAGUGGUGCUUUUGCAUGGGAGAUUACUCCUGUGGAAGUUUCAGGAGGUAGAGGAAGGCCAUCAACCAUUAUUGACAAAGAUGAAGGCCUCGGAAAGUUUGAUGCAGCAAAGUUGAAAAAGCUGAGACCGAGUUUUAAAGAGAAUGGAGGUUCUGUCACUGCUGGAAAUGCUUCUAGCAUAAGUGAUGGCGCUGCUGCUUUAGUUCUAGUAAGCGGAGAGAAAGCCCUCCAUCUCGGGCUACAUGUUAUUGCCAAGAUCACAGGCUAUGCUGACGCAGCUCAGGCACCAGAAUUGUUCACCACUGCUCCAGCCCUUGCAAUACCAAAAGCCAUUUCAAACGCUGGCAUAGAGGCAUCUGAAGUUGAUAUCUAUGAAAUCAAUGAAGCAUUUGCAGUUGUAUCUCUCUCAAAUAUGAAGCUUCUUGGACUUGAUCCCGCAAAAGUGAAUGUACAUGGUGGAGCUGUUUCUUUGGGUCAUCCCUUAGGUUGCAGUGGAGCCCGUAUCUUGGUCACCCUUUUAGGGGCGCUGAAACAGAAAAAUGGUAAAUAUGGAGUUGGGGGUGUCUGCAAUGGAGGAGGAGGUGCAUCAGCACUUGUUCUAGAGCUUGUGUAAAUUGUUUUGGUGGCCACAAAUUUAUGAGUGUUGAGAAGUGUUUCCAAUAUUUAUGUAUUUUGUUAUAAAUUGCUGUGGACUGAUGCUUAAGGGGUUAUUUCCCAUUUAGUGAAAAUUAUUAUCUGUA